AUGAGGGAAUCAUCUAAAUUACGAUGGGUAAUUCUAAUAAUUAUCUUCUUAUUCCUUUAUGUGACGGUGUUGCAUCUAAGAUUGAUAUAUAAUUAUGAAUCGAGUGGCGAAUUGCCAAUAACGGAUAUAUGUCAAGAACUUCCAAACGGAGUACAUCUAUGUUAUUGUGGUGUUGAUCGUCUGAAAUAUGAUCGUCUAAAAGGAGAAUCUUGUGUCGAUGGGAAAAUUAUUCGAGAUGUUACAGACAACUUUUUCUCUUCUCAAUCUGAUCAUUCUAUUCUUCGUUCGGCUAUGAGAAUUUUUCGUUCUACACGUGAAGAUAAUCCCACUGCUUCAGUUGUUGCACUUCGAAAGCAAAAUAGUGAAGAAUAUGUUGCUUUGAAGAAUGUUUCAGUCGAAGCUCGGAUCCAUUGGUAUGCAGCAGAUGUCACUUUAACUCAUGUUUAUGUCAAUCGAGAAGAAAAUCCCAUCGAAGCGAUUUAUGUCUUUCCAAUUGAAGAAAGUGCGGCAAUUUAUGAGUUUACAGCUGAGAUUGACAAUCGAAUCAUCAGAGCGUUGCUCAAAGAGAAACAAGUGGCUAAAGAACAAUACCGUCAAGCAGUUAAACAGGGGAAAACGGCUGUUUUAUUCCAGCAAAGUUCCUCAACUUUGGAUACAUUUCAAAUGAGUGUUGGAAAUAUCCCUGCUGGAAAAGAAUGUAUCGUUCGAAUUCGUUAUGUCACAGAAUUGGAUCUAUUCGAUGGGAAAUCUAUUCGUUUUGUUAUUCCUACAACUAUUUCUCCACGAUAUAAUCCGAAGAUAGGUGGAAUGGAGUCUCCCAAUAAUCUACCAGGGACAAAAUAUGUCCAAAAUACUCCAUAUUCCAUGUUAUUUCGAGCACAAAUCGAUCGUGGUGACGGAGACGAUCGAAUCAAUCAUAUUGCUAAUCGUUCACAUCCUGUGAAUGUUAGUGCAUCGAAACAAAUGAUCGAAGUGACUUCGGAAGGAAUCGCACUCGAUCGAGACAUCAUUUUGGAUAUUGAUUUGCCAACAAGUCGAUCCGAAGUUCUCUUUGCUGUUGAACAAUGGGACAAUUCACGACGACGUGCUGUUCUAAUGGCAAUAACUCCUAACACGACAUAUUCUUCUACCAAAUCUCAUGAAAAGAAAGAUAAAAUCACAAUGAACGAAUUCAUUUUCAUCGUUGAUUGUUCAGGAUCAAUGGAAGACGAACAGAAAAUAGGUCUUGCACGACAAGCAAUGAUUCUCUUCGUGCGUGGUCUUCCAGUCAAUUCGCAAUUUAAUAUCAUUCGUUUUGGAUCAACUUUCGAUGUACUCUUCAAAACCGAAAAAAUAACUGUUGCUUAUCAUAAAGACACCGUACAAAAAGCAGUGGAUCUUUCACAGUUGAUGAUGGCUAAUCUUGGCGGAACAGAGUUGUUACAACCAUUAAAAUACUUGGCAAGUCAUCCACCUAUUGAUGGUCGAUUUCGAAAUGUAUUUCUUCUAACUGAUGGAGAAGUUGCCAAUACAGAUGAAGUGAUUCAACUAUGUGCAUCGAUGUCUUCGACAACACGUAUCUUUUCUUUUGGUCUUGGUUAUUCACCGUCUCGUGCAUUGGUCAAAGGUCUUGCUCAAGCCACAAAUGGUGCUUCUAUUUUUGUUCCUCCAAAUUCUCCAGUAGAUGAAUAUGUUGCCAUUCAACUUCGUCAAGCUUUGACACCUGCAUUCACUAAUUUUCGACUUCAAUGGUAUGGAUUAUCAGUUUCUCCACUGCAAUCACCACGACAUAUUCCACCGGUAUUUCCGAACAGUCGUGUUCUUAUUUAUACUUUACUUGAAAAAGAUGAAGAAACACAAAUGGGUAUUAUCAUCGGUGGUGAUAAUGAAGGAGAAAAGAUGGAUUUCACCAAUAAUGUGAUACGUCAAGCAGAUACUAUACGUCGAUUAGCAGCGAAAUCUUUGAUCAAAGAAUUACUAUACAAACUAUCAUAUCAGGAAGAUUCGAACUUUAAGCAACAAAUUAUCGAGCUUUCCUUAACACAUCAUAUUUUAUCACCAUUUACCGCUUUCGUCGGUAUGGAGGAACACAAAUUAAUUCAAGAUGAUCAACGUUCUCAAACUCGAUAUAUACCGAAUCAAAUAUCUGAAGGUGAUCAACACUUACUCUUUCCUUCAGCUCUAUCAACUACAACUGAUCAACAAUUUGAAUUACAACAGGCGUUAAAAGUGGUCUCUAAUACUCCAAGUAGCACAAUAAUGACAAUGACACAGCCAACUACAACUGAAACUACAUCUACAUGUACAAGUGAAGGUAUCACUUCAACUUCAACUAGAGCUUCAACUGCUGCUUUAUCUACCAAUCCUGUUCGAUGGCUGAUUGAGAAUCAAUCCUACAAUGGUAUGUGGAUAUUAAAUGAUGAAACUAUAAAACAAUUGACAAAUGGCAAAUCAUGGAUAGAAUUUAAAUCGGAUAUGACUGAUAAUAAAGAUAUCAUUACGACAAGUCUUGUUAUCGCUUUAUUGGAAUUGAAAUAUGCUGAUCAAUUUUCUCUAUGGAUUCUCAUGGUCGAGAAAGGACGUCAUCAAAUGAUCAAUUUAGGAUUCACCAAAGAUAAUAUCGAAUUAUUGAUCCAACAAAUUAAGGAUAAACUGAAGAUUUCACAUUGA